AGCAGCCAAUUGUUGAAACUGUGUGCCACUUCUUAAUCCUUCAUAAGGAGACCAUUGCACUUGUUAUUGGGAUACAUAAAAAAGGUUUAUUGCAGAAUAAGCAAACUUGUAUCAGUUGACAUGGGUAUAUGCCUAUCUAAUGCAUCUGGAGAAAUUCAUGAGAAAAAGGAUUCCCAAGAAAAUUUGGUCUACUAUGAAGAGAAAAUCAGUACUAGUGAAAUUCAAAGGCUUGGCUCUCUUUAUUCUCAUGAAGGGAGCAAAGGAUUGAACCAAGAUGCUGCAAUUGUAUACCAGGGCUAUGGAAUGCAAGAUGGAGCUUUGUGUGGAGUUUUCGAUGGCCAUGGAAGGAAUGGCCACAGAGUAAGCAAGUUGGUGAGAAACAAGUUGCCUUCACUGUUGCUAAACCAAAAGAUUAAUGCUCUCGCAAAGGUCAAUACAGUUGGGUAUGGCUGUAAUUUCCUUAAUCAUAAUGAGAAGGCGGAGGGUGAAAAUUUGCCAAACAAGGAUUUCAACAGAUGGGAAGAGGCUUGUGUUAACGCCUUCAAAGUUAUGGACAAGGAGAUUAAGCUUAUUGAGAGUUUGGACUGCUCAUGCAGUGGAACCACCGCGGUGGUUGUCAUAAGACAGGGUGAAGAUCUUAGUAUUGCUAAUCUAGGAGACUCGAGAGCAGUGAUGGGGACAAUCACUCAGGAGGAUGGAGUACUGAGGGCUGUUCAAUUGACUACAGAUUUGAAGCCUGGUUUACCAAUGGAAGCCGAUCGAAUAAGGAAGAGUAACGGUCGAGUGGUUGCAUUGAAAGAAGAGCCGCACAUUCAGAGAGUGUGGUUGCCCCAUCUUGACUCGCCAGGGCUAGCCAUGUCUCGAGCUUUUGGAGACUUUCUGCUAAAAAAUCAUGGAAUUAUCGCCAUCCCUGACGUCUCCUACCGCCGUCUUACAUCAAAUGAUCAGUUUCUUGUUCUUGCCACGGAUGGGGUGUGGGAUGUGCUGAGCAACAAUGAUGUGGUAUCCAUUGUAUCAACAGAAGGGAGUGAGGAGGCGGCAGCAAGAGCAGUGGUGGAGGCGGCGGUUUCUGUCUGGAAACAGAAGUUUCCUUCCUCAAAGAGAGAUGACUGCACUGCGGUUUGCCUCUUUUUGCAGAAGAUCAAGAGGCUAAAACAAACCCUUGUAUAAGAUGGCUCCUUUUCGUGUUGUUAGCCUGUUGUCAUCUUCGGAGUUGAGCACAACCCAUUUCUGUUUACAAGGACCACUGAGCAAGAAAGAUCUUGGAUACCAAUUUCCUUGAAAACCAAAUCAACAUCUGAGUCACUUUCAGUGGCUAAGACAAUUGCUUGUGGCCAUAUCACUUGGUAUGAUCUCUAAUGGGAAAAAAUCCAUUGACUGAGAAAUUGAAUCUA